GGCAUGAGAGAAAUGUUGCUGAAAUUCCACAGAGACAUAACUCUGGAUCCUGAAACAGCCAAUCCUCAUCUCAUUCUGUCUGAAGAUUUGAAGAGUGUCACAUAUGUUUCUGUCCCACAGGUUGUGCCUGACAACCCCAAAAGAUUUGACUUUGCUCUCUGUGUCUUGGCUGCCCAGAGCUUCACCUCAGGGAAGCACUACUGGGAAGUAGAUGUGGGGAAUAAAACAGAGUGGGAAGUGGGCAUCUGUAAAGAAUCAAUCAGAAGGAAGGGUCAUGUCCCCAAGUUACCUGGGGAUACACGGACCCUUGUAGGCUUGACAUUUAGAAAUACCUUUCGCCUCUGGUGUUCCAAUCAUAAAGUUCAUGUAACCCAGCCUCUUUCUAAGGUGGGCAUUUUCCUUGAUUAUGAAAGAGGCCAUAUAGCCUUUUACAAUGCUUCAGAUGGAACUUUCAUCUACAGUCCUGCAGAUUAUGGUUUUCAAGGGGCUCUUUACCCUUGUUUCUUUCCUUGCUUUGGAAAGGGGAAAAAGACUUCUGGUUCUCUAUGUGUCUGCCCCAGGAGUAACUAG